GGCCCAGAGAGGAGAGCCUCGGAUGGAGCUGAUGUCACCGUGAUGUCAGGCACGUAGCUCCCGGGAUCCGGCGCCUGGCGAGGAAGGAAGGAAGGAAGGAAGGAAGGAGGGAAGCCCCUGCCUGGGCGACCGCCCUCCCCUCCCCUCCCUCUUCCCUGCCUCCCUCCCUCCCUCCCGCUCGCCGUGGCACCUCCCCCCCUCCCUCCCCGCCCGCCCCGCGGCUCCACUUUCGGCUCCGGAUCGGGGAAGGAGGCGCCAGGUGGAGGGAGGGAGGGAGGCUGCGAGACCGAGAGGGUCCCCUCCCCCUGAGCCCCAGGGUUGCGGGCAGAGGCCGGCGUCUUCUCCCCGAGGCAGUAAUUUCCCAAAGCCCCAAGGAGUAAUCCCCAUCUUUCCAACAAUGGGGUCUCCACCCAGGACAAUACUGCCCUGCCUUUGGCUCCUGGCCCUUCCUGUCAAAAUGUGCUUGGCUCAGGUGACUUCCCCGCCACCACCAGGGUGUGGUAAGGACUUGAAACCCAUCUACUACAAUCUCUGUGACUUGUCAAUAGCCUGGGGUAUUGUAUUGGAAGCUGUGGCCACCUUUGGUGUUGUGACCAGUUUUGUGCUCACCAUUGUCCUAGUGGCCAGCAUGCCUUUUGUCCAGGACUACCGGAAGAAGAGCUUGGUAGGGACUCAAGCUUUCUUUCUGUUGGGCACCUUUGGGCUCUUCUGCUUGACCUUCACCUUCAUCGUCAAGCAAGAUUUUUCCACAUGCGCCUCACGACGCUUCCUUUUUGGUGUCCUCUUUGCCAUCUGCUUUUCUUGUCUGGCAGCCCAUACUGUCAACCUCAAUUUCCUUGCCCGGCGCAAUCAUGGUCCGCGAGGGUGGAUCACCUUUGGCAUGGCAUUGGUCCUGGUCUUGGUGGAAGUCAUCAUUAACACCGAGUGGCUCAUCAUCACUAUAGUACGGAGUGACAGUGCAUCCAAGGACCCCUGCAGUGUCAGCAAUGAAGACUUUGUCAUGGCCCUCAUCUACGUCAUGUUCUUGCAAGCAGCUACCUUUGUGGCUGCUUGGCCGGUCUUGUGUGGCCACUACAAGCACUGGAGGAAACAUGCCAUAUUCAUUCUUCUCACAACCUCUCUCUCCAUAGCCAUCUGGAUAGUGUGGAUUGUUAUGUAUAUUUAUGGCAACCAGAAGGAAGGAGGCACAGCUUGGGAUGAUCCCACACUGGCGAUUGCUCUUGUCGCCAAUGCCUGUGUCUUCGUUUUCUUUUAUGUCAUCCCUGAGAUUUCUCAAGUGAUCAGGCCAGGACCAGAGCAGGCCUACGAGGAUGACGUCUACCCCACUCGAGGUGUUGGAUAUGAAACAAUUCUCAAGGAACAGAAGUCCCAGAGCAUGUUUGUGGAGAACAAAGCCUUCUCAAUGGAUGAACCUUCUUCAGCCAAAAAGCCUGUGUCACCUUACAGCGGAUACAAUGGGCAGCUACUGACCAGCGUGUACCAGCCCACAGAGAUGGCUCUGAUGCACAAAGGACCUCCUGAGGGCCCCUAUGAUGUCAUCCUCCCUCGGGCCACAGCCAACAGCCAAAUGAUGGCCAGUGCCAAUUCCACACUUCGUGCCGAGGAGGCCUACAUGUCGCAGGUAAAGCAGGCAAUGGCCCAGAAGGAUGGAAAGAGUGGACAGGCUUCAUCACCAUACAGCAAGAACAGAUGGUAGAUACUUCAGCAGGCCCCGUUCUUCAAGGAUACCUUGCAAACUCUAUCUUUAGGGAAGAGCAUCAAGGCCUCAGUUUGCCUUUUGAUAAGUCAUCAUGGAAGCUGAAAUAAUGCUUAACCCAAGUGCUUUGCUUGACUUUUUUCUUCUUCUUAUGUGUAACCCAAAUGCUCUGCCUUACUUCUGCUAUAGAAAAUCUGGAUUAUUGUACUGAGAUGUACUGAGCGUAUUUUUUAGCAUAUACUUAACAGAAGGACUUCUACUGAUAUUGGAAACAUCAGCCAAGUUCUUCUUAGUGCCAUCUCUGCAGUACAGCCAACCAACACUUUGGGACCCAUCUCUUUUUUUUAACUCCAUAACUUUUCAUGGACCAGGUUGACUCCCUUGUGGUUUGCAUUCUACUAUCCCUCGCCCUCAUUUGUGCUGUAAAAUUACAUCUUUUCUAGCACAGUGAAGAUCUUGCCUAGGUUUCAGCCAAGCCUCUUGGUGGAUAACUUGGUGUCUCUUCUUUUCCACCUUGUUGCCAGAUCCUGCAAAGGAGCUUCAGAACCGAAACGGAUGUUGUUACAUGGAGGUCAUAAAGAUGUGGGUCCUUCUGUGGAAACUUUCUAUUUGCAGAAAGAACUCAGGGACUCUAGCCAAAGUUGGGGUCAGAUCUCCUGUAGUCCCCCUCCUGCCUUUGGACCAAGCCCUGGAAUUGACAAUGAUAUAUUGCUCCCAGAUUAUUUGUUCAUUUCCUGCACUCCUCCUACAACACAAGUUAAGGCAGCAAACAGACUAUUUAUACUUGGACUUAUAAACUGCUAUAAUCUUAGUGGAAGAGGUUAGGGCUAGGGUGUCUUGAAUGUACUUCUGCAUAACAUCUCAGAAGUCUAAGUCAUGUGGAGCCUGUAUUUUGAGUUACUGGUGUCUGACUUGAUCCCAUCCAUUGAACAUGAAAGAUGCAAUGAGAAAUAGGCAAAGCAGUCUGGGAGUGGCUAGGUUACCAGAGAAAAGGCAGUCUCUCUGUUCAGUUGAUUUUAUCCAUUCCAGCUGGAAAUGGUCUACAUCCGUUGUGAGUCUUUUCUUUUUACUGGAGCUCCUUCAUCUUUUGAGCUGCAAACAAUUAAGUAACAUACAGUUAUUCAUUGCCAUACCUUUCAGUUCUGACUAUGAUUUGUAAUAUCAAAAAACACACACCUAUCCUUAGCUUCUGCCUUGUAGCCAUAAGUGCAUCUACCAGCCGAGGAUGACACUUUUUGCAUCUGACAAAGAGGGUUCUGGCCCACAAACUGUCUGCCAUUGUAAACCUGUCAGUCUUUAUAAAAUACUGUCAGAUUUAUCAUUGCUGUCACACAAAUACUAGUUGUUGGGCUAUGUCCUGAGCAUAGUUUUUGUGCUCUGAAUAAAUCCUGCUGUGCCAACAUUUAUUCUCUCCUCACUUUAGAUUGGAAAGAGUUGCAGUUCCUCUACAGAAUGGAGCCAGGAACUGGUCUAGGGCCAAACUGGAGAAAAGAUUGAAGAACAGGAGUGGGGAAGCACUGCCUAGCCCUAGCAAUGCCUUCUCAUCGAUCCUCUCAAGGCCUCUGAAUGGGUGUCCUCGGUGCCUUUGGCCAAUAAGCCAACCUUUUCUCUUAUGCUCUCUGUGUGGGGAGUCUCUAUCUACAAUGGGCGGAAAGGUCCACAUCCUGCCUAUAGGGUUCAUCCUAUAUCUUUGUAUACAGAAAUACACUUAUCAUGGUGGGUCAAAAAGACUUGCAUUGAGUCGUUAUUUCUGCCCAUCUUUGCUUAGAAUGAAGCUGUAGACCUUGCUGUAUGUAGGUAUUUGCACACAGCAUUUUGGUGAGACUGUCUUUAUACAGAUAAUGACAUACGAUAGUAUCCUUUUCUGUUUUGAAAAAUAAUGGUUGUGAGUGGCAGGAAGAAAAGGAGAGGGGAAUGUGUGUAUGUGAGAGAGAAGGCGUGAGUGGAUGAGUGAGGCUAUGUUUAAUCCUUGUGUUAUUUAAGUGGGGGAAGGAAAUGUCUCCUCCUUGAACGUGGGUUUUUUUAGCCCAGACAUACCUGACAAAUUAAAUUCAUUUUUUUCCUAAA